UUUCAGUACUGCUCCACCUGUCUGCCCUCCAGGCUGGUGCUGGCCUCUGGGAUGGACGAGCUUUGGGUACACUUGGAGAAAGAACUCCAGAUGUCACCUCCUACCCUCCAUGGUUCUCUCCUUGACUGUGGCAAGGAGAGGUGGUGAAGGGAAGAGACCAAAUAGGAGUCAGAGGAAGGGAGGCUGCAGUAACCCACUGCACCUUGGUACAGGGUCCUGUGCUGGAGAUGAUUAAGUAUGUAAGGAAAAAAACCACAAGGCUGGUUACAGUCAUACUGGGUAGCAGACAAUGGGAUGUAAAGGAGAAAGAAGCUUGGACACUUUGGCAAGAGGAGAGCUUAGUAUGCAUGGAUUGGACAGGACUGGUCCUAAAACUCCAUCACAAAAAAGCCGCAUGCCCCUGGAGAAGAUUCCCCUCAUUGGGCCUCUUUCCUCACCGUGAAAUGAGAGGACUUGGACCUGAUGCUCUGGAUGCUUCCUUCAGCUCUGCCACUAGAACACUGGUACUGAUGGAGGAUGAUGGCAAGAAGCUAGAUUGAGUGUAAGUGUCUUGCCCUUUGCCCUGUCCCUCCAGGUGUAGUCUUUGAACUCUAACCAUCCAUGCACUCUUCCUUUCCACAGAACAGGUCCCAGUUUCAGGCUGACUUCAUCCUGCUGGAUGGAAUUCCAGCCAAUGUGAUCCAAAGAGGGAAGCAGUACCAGGCUGCAGCCCUCGUCAUGGUGAAGAUGGAGCCUUCUGGGAAGCUGCUACCCAUGGUCAUCCAGGGCCCAUUGAGCAACAGUUGGAGCAGCCAAGGAGCACCACAGCACAGUGUGGGAACCAGUGGCUUCAGGGAGUGCUGGGCAGCAAGCCCCAAGGUCCCCAGGGCCCACCUUGGAAACCGUACUGCCGUCAGUGCCCUGGCACCAUGGACCUGUGAUGAGAGUGCAGCCUGAGUGACCUACAAAAUACCUUCAGGGUCGCUCUUCCAUUGUCCUUGUGAGGAGCCCAGCCCUGAUCCACACAGGCCUCCUGACCCACGUCCGUGUGUUCUCUCCCAAACACACUUUCUUAUCUGUUCAAUAUGGACAGACUGAGAAGGCUAAAAAUUUCCCAAAUCUUUAAGUUCUGCUUCCCUUUUGAUUAUAAGUUCUGUCUCUAAAUCAUUCCUCUUUUCUUUCAUUUUCCUAUAAACCUUCAAAAGAAUCAAGCCGCUCCUUCAAUACUUUAUUUGCUUAGAUAUUUCUUCUGCCAAAUUUCAGUUUCAUCACUCACAAGUUCUGCCUUCCACCAAACACUAGUGCUUUGCCACUUUAAUGCAAGCGUCACUCACCUUUCCUCCAGUUUCCAUUUACCUCUUCUUUAUUUCCAUCUGAGACUUCAUCAGAAUGACCUUUCCUUUCCAUAAUCCUUUUUUUUUUGAGACUUGGUCUUGCUAUCUUGGCCAGGUUGGUCUUGAACUCUUGGCCUCAAGCAGUCCUCCCGCCUCGGCCUCCCAAAGUGCUAAGAUUUCAGGUGUGAGUCACCAUGCCCGACCCCCUCCAUAUGCUCCAACAUUCUGUCCAGCCCUUCUCUUCUGAGCCCUCAACGUAAUCACCCUUAAUGAAGAGUCAUAAGGAGAAGAUGGCCACCAACAUGCUAGGAGAUGGGCUGGAACAGAGUUUUCCUGCACAGCCUCAGAAGAAGCCCACCCUGCUGACACCUUGACCUUGGACUCAUGGCCUCCAGGACUGUGAGACAGUAAGAUUCUGUUGUUGAGGAUGCCCAGUCUGUGGUCCUGUAAAACAGCCCUGGGAAACUAACGCAGCCUGUUAGCCCACAGAUGGUGGAGAGAUGGAGUGUGCAAUGGAGCUCGAGGCUUACUGUCUCCAGCUCCCAAAGUGCACUACAGGACCCUUGGGUGGGUGUAGGUAUGGGGUGUAGGUAUGCAGGAUAAUUUGGGUGGUGCAGGGCGAAUAAUGUCAACUUACAUAAUGGAUUUAUCUUACUGGAUGAAUCAGGGGUUCCCUCCUGUUUGGAACCAGGCUGCACAGCAGGACGUGAGCAGCCAGCCAGUGAGCAAAGCUUCAUCUGUAGAAACAGCUGCUCCCCAUCCCUCACAUUGAGCUCCAUUACGGCAUGAGCUCUGCCUCGUGUGAGAUGAGCGGUGCUGUUAGAUUCUCAUAGGAGCGUGAACCCUACUGUGAACUGCACAUGCCAGGGAUCUAGACUGCGUGCUCCUUAUGAGAACCUAAUGCCUGAUGAUCUAUGACUGCCUCCCAUCACCCCUAGAUGGGACCAUGUAGUUACAGGAAAACAAGCUCAGGGCUUCCACUGAUUCUAUAUUAUGGUGAGUUGUGUAAUUGUUUCAUUAUAUGUUACAGUGAAAUAAUAAUAGAAAUAAAGCACACAAUAAAAGUAAUGGGCUUGAAUCAUCUCCACAUCAUCCCUUCCCCUUCUCCCGGGUCUGUGGAAAAGUUGUCUUCCAUGAAACUGGUCUCUGGGACCAGAAAGGUUGGGGACGACUGGUGUAAAUGCUUCUAAGAAUAGUUAAGCAACUUAAGGUUUACAUGCUGCUAAAAAUAUGGGUUUCAAUUCUAAGAUAAAUGGAUGCACAUGAAAACACUAUCUUGCUGUGGUCCAGGGACUCUAAACCAUUCUAACAGAGAGACGUGCAGCUUGGAGCUGGAGCUGCGCUCCCACAUCUGGUCCACCUCAUAUCCCUGCACCACACACACAUGCACAUAUGCAUACAGACGUGUACACAUGCAUACACACAUGCACAUGCACGCACACACAUGCACACAUGCACAUAAAUAUAUACACGUCUAUAUACCUGCACACAUACACUCACAGACACACACACACACUGUGCUUCAUGUCCUCACUAAGGUGGCAUGGGAGGGAAUGCGUGUUUUUAAGGGGAAUGAAGACAACUCAGGCCCCUCAUUCUCCUGGCAUUUGCACCAGUGUCUUCUCUACAGAGCAUGCUUCAGUCUCUUUCUUGGCUCUCCCUCUUAGUGAAAGAGAGAAGCAGAGCCCCAGCGUGUACCUGGCUGCUUAAGGUGCAAACCAAGUUUACAAGCUUCCCGGGGAGCCUGGUGAGAAGAAGGCACUGCAGAGCCUCCCCAAAAGAAGCGUCAGCUUUUGAUGGAUCCUUGAGCCUAGGAAAAUGAUAGACGAGACCUUACAGUUCAUCAGAAGACAAACAAAAUCCACUAAGGAAGAGCAGUGGUCAAAGGUUUUAUUCUCUUAGAGAAGGGGUUCUCCAUUCACUCCCUCCUGCCGCCUUGUGAAGAAGGUGCCGCUUCCCCUUUGCCUUCUGCCACGAUUGUAAGUUCCCUGAACU